UUUGUCGCCGAACGGUUGUUUUCAAUUUGGAAAAUUUGCGCGAAAUUUUAAUUAAGUGAGAAAACAAGAAAAAAAAACACACAUGGAAAUAUGCCGUUAGUCAGCGGUCAAGGUGUAUUUUUGUUGGCGUUGCUGCUCGUGGCGAUGACGCUCUCUUUGAUGCUCGCGGAGAUCACAGCUGUUUCCAUUGAUGAGCAAUGCAGGCACGCGGACAGCUGUGAGAGAUGCCUGGGGGCCCAUCUGGACUGUGCCUGGUGUACGGACAAGACCUAUGAGGUGCGCUGGCGCUGUUUGACGCGCUCCCAACUCCUCAAUUUCAACUGCAGCGAAAAUGAGAUCUACGAGAAUCAGCCGGUGCUGGAUCUAUUGCAGGAGCGUCCCCUCAAGGACUAUCAGACGAACGAUGAUCAAGCGGUUCAGGUGACGCCGCAGCGGGCAUACCUCAAGCUGGUCAAAGGGAACACGCAACGCCUCAAGCUGCGGUAUCGAACGGCACGCAACAAUCCACUCGACCUUUAUGUCCUCAUGGACCUGACCUGGACGAUGCGCGAUGACAAGGAAACCCUCGAGGAAUUGGGCACCCAACUAACCCAAACACUGCGCAACCUCACAGACAACUAUCGUUUGGGAUUCGGGUCAUUCGCGGACAAGCCGACGAUGCCAAUGAUACAGCCACAACUCAAGGAGAAUCCAUGUGCCCCCGUGGGUGCCGUGUGUGAGCCCACCUAUGGGUAUCGGCAUCAGCUCUCCCUAACCGAAGAUAUUCAAGCAUUUACGGACGCAGUGGCUGGCAGUAAGAUCACCGGGAACCUGGAUAAUCUUGAGGGCGGACUGGAUGCCCUGAUGCAGGUGAUUGUCUGCCCCAAGGAGAUCGGUUGGCAGCAGCAGGCCCGUAAAGUGGUGAUCCUCGUCACCGAUGGGUUUAUGCACUUUGCUGGCGAUGGCCUCCUGGCGGGCAUCAUUGAGCGAAAUGAUCGUCAGUGCCAUCUGAAUGGCGCAGGGGAAUACACGGGUUCCCUGGAGUAUGAUUAUCCGUCGUUGGAAGAGAUCUAUCGAGAGCUCUUGAGGCGUAAGAUCAAUGUGAUAUUCGCCGUAACGAAGGAAGUGGUCAGCACAUAUCGGGAGUUGAGUGCGCUGAUGAAGGAGAUCAGCUAUGUGGAUAUACUCAGUGCAGACUCAUCGAAUAUAUUGGAACUGAUCAAGAAAAGCUACGAGAGCCUGAUCAAGCGCACUCAGUUCGAUGACAACAGUCCGGACUUUAUCCAGUUGGAGUACUACACGGAUUGUGCUGGACAAUUUCCCAAGCUGAGGAAACGGAACUACUGCAACAGUCUGAGCCUGGGCAAGGAGCUCGAGUUCUAUGUGGAUGUCACACUCAAGGAGUAUCCCUCAAAUGGGGUUUAUACGCAUAAAAUCCGCGUGGAGGAGACCUCACUCAAUGAGUACAUGGACCUGGAUGUGGAGCUGCAGCGACCGUGCCCCUGCCAAGAGGAGGCCGAGCCCGAGAGCGAGGAAGGACGCUUUCAGUGCGAGAAUCAGGGCUACCUGCACUGCGGCAUGUGCACCUGUGACGAGGGCUGGACGGGCACCUACUGCACAUGCCCCACGGACGCCACGAAUGUCACCACCAACGAGGCGUUGCUGCUGCGGUGCCGCCAACCCCAGCCAGAUGAGAGCCGUUCCCCCCUGGUUUGCUCCAAUCACGGGGAGUGCGAUUGCGGCAGCUGCAGCUGUGAUCCCGGCUACACAGGAGACUUCUGCGAGUGCCGGGAGUGCCUGGACUGCGAUGAGCAGCGAGCCGACUGCUACUGUGGCAAGUGCGUCUGCAAGGACGGAUGGUCGGGCACACGUUGCAAUUGCAAUGAGGACACAGACGCCUGUCUGGGACCCACGGGCGAGGUGUGCUCCCAGCGCGGCACUUGCGACUGUGGCGAGUGCAGCUGCGAUGAGCCGUUCCUGGGGAAGUUCUGCGAGAUCGAUCCCGAAAAGGACAACAAACUGUGUCUGUUCUAUGAGCCCUGUGUCACCUGCCUGAUCGAGCAGCGGCAGGGCAUGGGGGCGUGCGACAAUCUGAGUGAGAUCUGCACGAGCCUCGACAGCCAGGAGCACUUCACCUACUCCUUUGUGGCCGAGCUGGAGGCGGAUGUCCGCUGCCUGGUGCGGAUCGUUAACAAGCAUGGCAUACAGUGUGACAGCUACUUUGGCUAUCAGGUGAUCGAUCACGCCAACUAUCUCUCGAUCCAGGCCACGAACUGUGAGCCCCUCGACUAUGUGGCCCUGUUUGGUUUCAUUUCUGGUUUCACUCUACUCAUUGGCCUGCUGCUGCUAUUUCUCAUCCUAUGGUGCAUCCGGGCCAAGGACGCCCGCGAGUAUGCCCGCUUCGAGAAGGAGCGGGCCAAUUGGGUGCGCCAGGAGAAUCCCAUUUAUCGCGAUCCCGUGGGACGCUACGAAGUCCCCAAGGCAUUGAGUGAGAAGUUUGAUGAGAAUCCAUUUGCCAGUUGAUCGAUGGCUUAGUUUGGGUUUAUUUUGUAGUCUAAAGAGCAUCAGAGGGUGAAAAGUGAAUGACCCGUUUUAAAGAGUCAGAGGAUCAUACGAAAAUAUGUAUAGAUAGAGCAUAGGUUUGGCUUAUGAUUCGUUUUAGCUAUUGACAUGUUACACCCAUGAAGGGGGAUUAUUCGCAGGAAUUGCCUAUCAAAUAUGUGGCAUAGGAAAGGACAUUUUAUUUAUGGAAUAUGAACAAUAUCUACAAUUUUGAUAAUUGAGAACAGACAACCAUAGACAAAACCUUCAGUUCGAAAUUACGUUAAGGCUAUAAUAUCUGUUUAUUAUUAAGUUUAGGAGCUACGAAUUUGCUUUUACUGCGCGUUAAACAAGCUGCCGCCCAAGUCUGCACACACGAUCCACCUUGUAGAAAAUCCAUGUUUAGGCAUAGAAAGUAAUUAUGCAUUUAAGUAUGUGGAUGUAUGUAUGCCUUGUUUUAUAGGAGUUAACUUUGAAAAAUCAAAUUUACAAAGGUUACUUCUUUCCCUCUCUUCGCAACUCUUUGCCAUAAAAGAAAACACACAAUUUUUUUU